GGAUCCUGGAAGGCUACAAGGCAGGGUAGAGGUCCUUGGGAGUCCCCUCCCUCCUUCCUUUUGGUGACACUCAGCCCAGGUCCCGGCCAUGAGACCCCCACAACUCCACCUUUCUGCCGCCUCUGGCGCCCUGACCCGGGCGAAGCUGCUGCUGCCGCUGCUGAUGGCGCAACUCUGGGCUGCGGAGGCGACGUUCCCCAGAAACGACACCGCUUCGGACCCCGAGGUCUUCGGCGCCCAGUGCGCGCGCGGCUCGCAGCCCUGGCAGGUCUCCCUCUUCAAUGGCCUGUCGUUCCACUGCGCGGGCGUCCUGGUGGACAAGAACUGGGUGCUUACGGCCGCGCACUGUGGAAACAACAAGCCACUGUGGGCUCGCGUUGGGGACGACCACCUGCUGCUGCUUCAGGGCGAGCAGCUCCGAAGAACCACGGUCUCCAUCGUGCACCCCAAGUAUCGCCACGGCUCCGGCCCCAUCCUGCCGAGGCGGACAGAUGAGCACGAUCUCAUGCUGCUGAAGCUGGGCAGGCCUGCUGUGCUUGGGUCUCGCAUCCAGACCCUGCGCCUGCCCUACAGCUGUGCCCAGGCCGGGGACCAGUGCCAGGUCGCUGGCUGGGGCACCACCUCCGCAAGAAGAGUGAAGUACAACAAAAGCCUGAGCUGCUCCAGAGUCACUAUCCUGAGCCACCGAGAGUGUGAUGUCUUCUACCCUGGUGUCGUCAGCAACAACAUGAUGUGUGCAGGACUGGACCAGGGUCAGGACCCCUGCCAGAGUGACUCCGGUGGCCCUCUGGUCUGUGAUGAGACCCUGCAAGGCAUCCUUUCCUGGGGUGUUUACCCCUGUGGCUCUGCUCAGCACCCAGCUGUCUACACGCAGAUCUGCAGAUACACCUCCUGGAUUGAGAAAACCAUUCGCUCCCACUGACCCAGUGGUGCUGUGGUGCCUUCGUCCUCUGCCUGGCUUCCAGCCCGGUCUCCCCUGCCCACUCCCAACCUCUGCCGCCCACCCUUACCUGCGGGCAUCUCUCCUCUUCCCCCAUCUUCCUGCCCACUGCUCUUCUCUGCCCACGUCGAAGCCAGAAUACAGGAGGUGGAGGCUAAGUUCUGUUCGAGAGAGUCGAGGAAGCUGGCGGCCAGCCGUUCUCUGAGAGGAGCUAUCCAUCACCCACCUUGGCUUCCUCUGGUGUCUCCUGCCUCGUGAUCUUGGGCAAGACAAGCCAAGGAGCUCUCCGGACCUCCUUUUCCUCCAUCCCGGGGAGAGUGGGGGCACAGACGUGCCUACCUCAUAGAUGGGUUGUAAGGAGACUAUGAUAUAACCCAUGUGUGUGUGUGUGUGUGUUUGUGUAGAUCAUUAUGGUAAUUCUCAGUAAAGCAUCAGCACCGUGGGUGGUGUGCUGUUUCGAAAUGUUGCUUGUUGUCAUGAUGUGUGAACCGGUCCUGGUAAGAACUCUGUGUGCUGGAGAGAAAAGCACG